AUGGAUGAUGAUGAAUGGAUCUAUCCUCCUUUUCUCCCUCAUCUUUCUACUCUUAUUCUCGUUCUUACUGUUCUUCACGAGCUAAAGGCCUGCAAACUAACUUGCAAUGCAACAGAUUAUGAGGAAAGAGCAACCAACCACGCCAAUGGGGAGUCAUCUACCAUAGUGCCUAAACCAACUCUUCCUCCCUCUCCUACACCAAAAGUGGUGGCGAAAUCUAGCACUAAUCUCUGGGACAUUUUAUCUUUCAGUGGUACGGAGAGAAUCAACGGCCGGCUAGUCAUGAUUGGGUUUGCGGCGGCGAUGGGAAUGGAGCUGGCCAACGGCGGCGAUCUCUUUGUUCAGAUUCCAAACGGUGGCGUCACUUAA